AUGAAGUUCCUCCUCGUACUCAUUGGAUGCAUCUUCGUCGCCGUUCAAGGCCAAGAUGACACCUGCCCAUCGUGGAAGGACCGUCAACUUGCCAAGCCAGGCAAGCUUUUCUGCUGCGACAGCACUAUCAAGAAUGUCGUAGAGACCGGAAUGAAAACUUUGGACUUGUUCGGAGCCGGUGGACCACAAACCCUUGGACCACUCGUCCAAACUCUUUCCAGCUUCAUUCAACGCCACUUCAAGGUUGCUUAUGAAGUCGUCAUGGCACCAAAGGAAUUCGUAUUGAAUACCAACUACAACGGAACCAAACUCUGCAAGUUCCAAUCCAACAGCUACACCUUGGCGGUUUAUGAAACUCCAGAAUACUACGACAUUAACGGACCGGGAGAGGUCUACUUCUACAACUUCGCUGCCAACGACAAACUUCACAUCCCAUCCGUCUCUGAGCACCUCAAGAAAUUCGGAGGACUUGCCAACACUGCUACUGGAGGACUCUCUGGAUCUGCUGGAUCUCUCGCUGGCAGCCUUGGAGGCUGGGGACGUUAA